UGACGUCACAGUAGAAGCUACAGGACGUUAUGGCAUCCCAUGCUAGCGAGCUAGAAAUAGCAAAGAAAAACUUAACAGAAGCAAUCGGAGAUAAUAUUAAACAUUACUGGGCCAACCUGAAGUUAUGGUUCAAACAGAAGAUCAGCAAAGAGGAGUUUGACGUCGAAGCUCGCCGUCUACUGGCACAGGAGCACGUUCAUGUUCACAAUGAUUUCCUCCUGGCCAUUCUUACGCGCUGUCAGAUCAUUGUGUCCACGCCAGAGGUUGCUGGAACAUUACAAUGGUCAGGCGGUUCAGCCUCAAAGCCUGGUAAACCAAAAGGGAAGAAGAAAUGCUCCACAAGACAGAAGUUUGAUCAUCGCUUCCAGCCUCAGAACCCUUUGAGUGCUGCCCAACCCUUCAGCCCACGGGAGGCUGCGAGUGAAGAGGAGGAGCUGCGCCUCAGUGCGCACACCCUGUUGCUUCCCACUCGAGGGCAAAUGGAGGCGCGGAUGAUGGUGACAGCCUUUGAGAUGGGACUGGACAACAUCACGGAUGAUGCUGUCAGCACCAUGCAGCAUGCUGUUGAGCACCACUUGAAAGACGUCCUGACUGCUGUAAUCACUCGGAGGAAGUCGUAUCGCUUACGAGACGGUCGCUUCCCAUAUGCUUUUGGCAGUGAUGUCACACCGCAGCCUUAUCUUAAGAACAGCCUCGCAGCUUAUCACAGCCUCACUGAAUGUCCUCCUCCAAGUGCCUCGCUUCCCACUGGUCAGCUCCCACAGAUCUCACCAGAUGAGGCAGAGCAGAAAGCCGUGUACCUGCUAGCGUGUUCCACGAACACAAUCCGUGCACCGCUGCCACCCGUCAGCUUGUUCGAUCUCCUCGAAGCGUUACAGGUCAACCAUAGGGUGAUGCCUUCCCACACUGUGUAUGCCUUGAAUAUGGAGCGCAUCCUGUCGCGGUUGUGGCACCCCAGCCAAGAGGAACUGGAGCAGGACCAUGUUCACCGACAACGCCUGGCCUCCAAAGACGGGCUUCUCGUCAGCUGACGUGAUGCCAUGGACACACAACCACGGACGUGUUCUCAAAAAUGAAGCGAACGGAGGAAAGAAGAAGAGCACAAGCUGACUGCUUUUAUUCAUAUCCAACAAAGAUCUUCUAUAAUUGACAUUCCAUAUUUUUAGGCAAUUAACAAAGCGACCGAUUUAUCUCAUUAUUUGGAAAGCGGUGCGCAAAAUGAUGUCCGCUUUGUUCACACCGUUAGUUGGAUUAUAUUCUUACCCCAAAUUGUUCACUGACCUACAUUUGCGUUGAGUGUAUUUUGGGUGCAUGCAAUGUGUAAAAUAAAAUGUAUUUUUCGUAUUAAAAACCUUAU